UUACUGCACUAUCAACUACACAGCGUUAUAUUUGUUCGCCUUUACCGUCUUUAAUUGUACUUUAAUGAGCCAGAAGGCUCGGGCCAGUAUUUAUGCUCGAUCAUGUUGUCGAGGGAGAUGAUGCGAGGAGGUGCAUCAUUUCUCUUGACAACUUUUUCCACCAGGCAUGAGUAUAAAUGACCAUACGUUUAGUAUAAGGCGUCAGGUAAAUACCUAUGUUUUCUGCAACAACCGGCUUUUAAGCAUACGCUAGCCUUCUUCGGCUAAAGCUAAAGCUAGGUUGAUAUAGCAAACACUGAACUGUGCCACAGUGGGUUACGUAGUAAGUGGCCUCUUAUAAACACCAUAUGCAAUAAUAAGCCACUGUUGUGUAUACGUAUGUUUCCGUUGUGUUGUAUUUAUGGAGCUGUUUCUGACAAAGCCUGUAAGACCUUGUUUUCAGUGGAGUGCUGCACACAGGUGUUUACAAUUAUUCAGAUUGAGUCGACGUCUCCUCAGGUGGAAUGUGACUGUCGCCAAUCUACACCCAAAGAUAGUAAUUAGGCGAAACAGAAGCUCCAGGGGGAGAUGACAAAGGAGGAUGUUUCAGAGGCUGUCGAGGUGGACACAGUCCUGGGCUACAACAGUAGGCUAUCUUCCCAUCAGCGAUCAGUGAUCCAUCAGGUGGCUUCUGCACCCAUGCCCUCUGACUAUGAGUUCUCCUUCUUUGACCCCAGUGAGCUUCAGUGCAAGGAGGUGCUUCUGGAUCCCAGUACCACAAUACCAGAGCUGUUUGCUGUCCUCAGGCAGUGGGUGCCACAGGUGCAGAAGAACAUACACCUAAUUGGCACAGAGAUCCUAAAGAGAGGCUGUGGUGUGAAUGAUCGUGAUGGACUGACAGAUAUGAGUCUUCUGCACUACUGCUGUAAGGCAGGGGCCCCGGGCAUUGGUGAUGCAGACAUAGCAGCCAGUUUUGCCCGUAAUCUCAUCGGCCUGGGUGCUGACCCUAACCUGCGCUCACGCUGGACUAACAUGCGGGCCCUGCACUACGCUGCAUACUUCGAUGUGCCCCAGCUUAUCCGGGUGGUGCUGCAGGCAUCCCAGCCUGGAGAGGUAGAUGCCACCUGCAGUGACUUUGAUUUUGGCACCGCCCUGCAUAUUGCUGCAUCCAACCUGUGCGCAUCAGCUGUCAAAUGUCUCUUGGAGCUUGGAGCCAACCCUGCUUUCAGAAAUGAAAAAGGACUGUGUCCCGUAGACGUGGUGCCUGACCCCCUUGACAUGUCUGUGGAGAUGGCAGAUGCAGCGACUGUGGCCACAGAGCUCCGAACUUUGCUGAGAGAGGCUUUACCCAGACCCGUCUCCCCUCUGCCCCUCACUCUGCAUGCCCAGUCCACUCCCACACUCUCUGAUAAGGCGAGGAUACAGCUUUCUACCAUGGGAAUCCAUCUAGGCGAUCGUGUGGUGAUAGCUGGACAGAAGGUUGGGACUCUACGAUUCUGUGGCAGCACUGACUUCUCUGCAGGCCUCUGGGCUGGAGUGGAGCUGGACAAACCUGAGGGGAAGAACAAUGGCUCUGUAGCAGGGGUUCAGUAUUUUACCUGUCGAAUCAAACAUGGAAUUUUUGCACCCCUUUCCAAGAUAAGCAAACCUUUGGAAAGACACAAAACCAGCACCAUAAGGACGUCUACACCCGUUCGCCCCCCUCGUCGCAUUGACCAGUCCCGCAUCACAUCCAAGAUACACACAGGUGUUCUCUGCCGCUCUCUCUCCUCAUCAUCCUCGUCACUCGACUCUCGCCAUGGGCCAGUUGCUCGACCUCGUCCACUACCAAGGCAGCGCCUUCCUGCCAGGCAGAGAAGGGAGCGUGUUCCCCUGAGUCCCAGGACCACACCCUCACCAGCACUACACUCUGUUUCUGACACUACUGUGCUGAGAGCUGCUGGUAUUCGUAGCCGAAAUCCUUCAGCCAGCAGCUCUUUGUGUGAGAGUCCUGAGGUUCAUCUGGGGGAGAGGGUGUUGGUGGUGGGCAAGAGAACUGGGAUUGUCCAGUUUUAUGGAAAGACCAACUUUGCUCCAGGGCUCUGGUUGGGCAUCGAACUGGACAAGCCAAGUGGAAAGAAUGAUGGAUCAGUGGGAGGAGUGAGGUACUUCAGCUGCCCACCAAAACAUGGUGUUUUUGCUCCUCCAUCUCGUGUUCAAAGGAUCCACGGCUCAGUCGAUUGUCUUUCAGAGCUCUCUUCUUCACGCCUCAGUCAUCCUCUCAGCGGGACGAUCCGUCGGAGUUCCAGCACGUCGUUGUCCGUGGCCACGCCAAAAGACACAAGCAGACGUCGUCCUGUUACCAGGAGUCGUUCCAACCCACACCGCCGGCGCUGGAGCACGCUCAGUGGUAGUAGUAGUGGUGUUUCUGGGCACGUGGCAGGGUCCAGCCCCUCCGGCUCUGAUGGACAGGUCCGCCUCCACGUAGGCAUGCAGGUACUGCUGACCAGUGCCAACGAGAUGGCGUUCAUCCGUUACCUGGGUACAGCAGACUUUGCCCCGGGCCUCUGGCUGGGUCUGGAGCUCCGAAGCCCCAAAGGAAAAAAUGACGGCUCUGUGGGCGACCGCCGCUACUUCACCUGUCGACCCGGCCAUGGUGUGCUGGUUCGUCCCAGUCGCGUUACCUAUCGUGGCAUCAAUGGUUCGUGCUUGGUGAAGGAAAACAGCUGAGGACUGUGGGAAAUGGAGCGGAGUGAUUUGCAGGAAAACUUGACUUUUUCUGUUUACAUUUGACGACAAAGAAAAGUUUGAAUUUCUGUUUUGAACAGCGCCUCAUUCGAUUUCCUCAAUCCAGCCUGAGUUAGUAUGAUGGACAGACUAAUGGAUAGAAUUCCAACUACUGCAUUAGUUGUUGGAGAAUUGUCAAAUGCAAAAAAAAGCACUUUAGAAAAUUAACUUCCAAUUCCUCCUUAGAAUUUGUCUUGGCAGGAUUGUGGAGGGAAAGUCUUCAUAUUAACAAAUACGCUGCACUAAUAAUCUGAUUGCACUUAAUAAAUAUUAAUAUGAUUAAUCUGAAUAUAAUAAAACCAGUAUGGUAUGUGCACAUAUGGAUUAAUUCCUUAGUUUAAUUGCAUCACAGAUGUAUUACAUAUUUUAGGUGGUAAUGUAACGCCUCUGACCAAAAGUGUGUGUGUAUAUAUGGCACUUUGUCACAAGAAAGAUUGAUUUCUUUUUUCCAGGGUCAUCGUAUGACUCUGAUAUUUGGAUAAAUAACCACAUCAACAGUUGAUGUAUUCCAAUUACAACAGUUUCUGUUUGUCACCCCUGCUUAUUUUAAUACUGGUGACAUUUAUACUUUACUUUGCAAAUAUUCUGCUGCAGCAUUUAUGAAAUGUAGAUGCAUAUUGAGGGUUAUCUUGACUAGAGCCUGGGUCACAUUUAAUAGGUGAAAUACAGCCUUUCAUAGGCUUUACAAAAGGAAUUUUAAAGAAUCUGGAAGCAGAUCAACAUUUGCCACUUUUCAGAGAUGGUUUGAUGCGAAAGUCCUCCAGUGUGUUCCCGGCUUUUGGUUUUAGACAAACAACAGCAGCUUUCCACAGGAAACGUCCAGUCGUCCAGAAGUUUCAAGGACAGGGUUAUUUGAUUAGAACUGUCUGGGCAGCUCAGCGGAGAACAAGGCAUCGAUUGUGCAUGUGGAAAAGUGGCCCACUAUUCAGUAAAACAUUCAUGUACCGUCCAAUUAGGUUGCGCAGGCCACUGCAGUAUUAGGAGAGUUUUCAUGGCCUUGUCUCAUUGAUCCGUCUGGUCAGGCUGUGAUGGAAAGGCAGUCGUGGUCAGAACACGGUUGUCUGAAAUAUCUUCCACAGAGCAGAUGAAAGAGAGUGUUUGAAAAACAUUUAAUCAACGGUUCAAUUUCUUUAAAAAUAGCCUCUCAUUAAAGACAUAUCUAUGAUACAGUCUCUGUCUUUUGUUAAUGUUCCGUAUUUCAUCUAUACUUGGCAUAUUUUGUAUCUGUCUAAGUGCAUGAGUGCUUUUAAAUUCCACUGAUUUGAAUGCAUACUAUGAAAGAGUUUUGGCACAGUGUUAGUGUGGGUAAUAUUUUUUUGUUUUCAUUAAAUUUCUGUAUAUUUGAAGCGUGAGAGCAAUUUAGUCUGAUGCAUUUAUAUGCUUGGACAAUAACAGUAUUUGUAAGAAAAUUGAAAUAAAAAAAUGAUUAAAAUAAAA